AUGUACUGGCCUCAUGGAGUUCCCAGGGUCUACGCGGUCAAUGGACCCGAUAUUGCCUAUACCUCUUCUGACGAGGAUCGCGAAGUCCUGAAUAAUAAUCCAACCAAUGGCCGCAACAUAUUUGACAGGAAUGCGGAAGGAGUGGACGACGGUCAACAUGAGUCCACAGACACCCAACUCCAUGAGUCGCAAACCAUCUCGUCCCCGGACACUGGCGAAUCAGAAUGGGGGGAUGAAACUAUUAAAGAUAUUUGUGUUUCUCGAUCCGGUCAGAUGUUUGCCACAAUGUCAGAGUCAUCAAUCGCUCUUUGGCAGACUCGGCCUACAGCAGUAGUAACAGCGAUAUCUCGAUCUCAGUCUUCGUUAAAAACAUACGGUUCGAAUGUUUCACUCCUUAUACACCCAGAUUCAACGAUCCUCGUUGUACAGACUCUCAAUGGGUACCUACUCACAUACUCGGUGAUGUCGGAUUCAACAAGUCAAGUCUACCAGCAACGUUUUGAUCACUCUACACACCCUCGUCGUCAACAAUUGGCCCGCUUUUCAGCAGUCGAAGAGGCCAAUGUGGUUGGAGACAUCACCAUCCGCUUCCGAAUGGCCAUCAAGAUCGAGUCGGGAAUUGCCAAGGCGCUGGCGCUAGAUCAAGAACUUGUCGUCGCUACUGUGAAACCCCCGGCUAUACAAUGCAUCAGGUGGACACCCGAGGCGGGGGAAGCACAGACCACAUCGGAGCUAUUGAGUCGGAUCCUAGGGAUAUCGAAGAAGGUCUCUAUCGUGGAUAUGGUUUAUGACCGCGCGAUGAAUCUUCUUAUCUGGAUUACCAGCAGUGGCCGGGCAUAUGCCGUGCAACGAGAUUCAGGGUUGCAACAGGAUUCUGAAGCGGCCAAGAAACUUUUCCACGGACAUUGCUUUCAUAAUCCAAAGGAUAAUAGCGAAAUGGCUGUGAAGGUGACCGUAAAUGCACGCUUCUCUCUGUUGACUGUGAGUUGUUCAAAUGGUGAUGUAUUGGUUUACACUGCAAAAGAUUACAUGGGCAACAUUUCGCUUUCCCAAAAGCUCCAUCUACCAGCAUCGCCCACAACAACCGGGGCUUUGACUUUCAUGAGCUAUUCCCCAGAUGGAUAUUGUCUUUUUGCUGGCUUCGAAAAUGGCUGGACAACAUGGAGUGUCUUUGGGAAGCCUGGAGGAAACAGCUUUUCUGUGGACACCGCGUUGGCGACGGCUAAUUCCGAGGAUUGGCUAACUGGGGUGUCAGACGGGUGUUGGAUUGGUGGCGGUUCCGACAUCAUUCUGUCUGGACUAAAAGAUCGUCGCUUGUGGGUUCUGGAGACGGCUCGGAGUGCUUUGACUGGUUGUUUUUCGGCUGCAAACUUGGCUAGAGGCCUACUGCAAACCGGUACUGAGUUUAUCCUCUACCGCGGUCACGAUCUUCCAGAUCUCAUGACAAUCUCAGGAAAGGAUUCAUUGUGGCAUCAUGCCCAGUAUCCUCCGGCGUAUCUUCAUUCACAGUGGCCGAUUCGAUCUUGCGUCGUGUCCCAGGAUGGACGGUAUGUUGCAAUUGCAGGUCGGCGUGGCCUUGCACAUUACAGUGUCAACAGUGGCCGAUGGAAGGUAUUUGAGGAUUCAAAAGCCGAAAACUCUUUUGCCGUGCGAGGCGGCAUGUGCUGGUACGGUCACAUACUGAUCGCAGCGGUAGAGAGUGACGGGUCAUAUGAGAUUCGUCUUUAUUCGCGCGAGGCUUCUCUCGGUAACAAUUCGAUUAUGUUCAUCGAAUACCUCCCAUCACCAGUUGUAUUCGUUGGACCCUCUGGGGAAGAUUCUCUUUUGGUUUAUACAUACGAUAACAUUCUGUACCACUAUAUCAUUAAUUCGACACAACCUCAGAUCACUCUUGUCCCUGUUGGACAAAUCGCAUUCAAUGGAAUUGUCCGAGCACCCUCCCGCGUCCGAUCGAUUAGCUGGGUAUUGCCCGAAGAGCAGAUGCGAAACGGUGAUCCCUCUCAAGAUGUGAAGGUCGCAUCCGUGAUUCUUCUUGUGGAUGGCAAUUUGGUAUUACUGCAGCCCACGGUCUCGGAUGCGGGCGAUCUCAGAUAUGACAUGCGUAUCGUAUCCCAUGAUGUCGAGUAUUACAUCUUAAUGCGCGACCAGAUGUCCUUCAACUUCUACUCGCAGGUUGACGAAUCUCUACCCUCCAGUCCUUCGGUUAAUGUGGCACUAGAGCCACCUCACAGCAGUCUCUCGCUCCAGGAUUCUCUUUGGAUGUUCCGUGGCCAAAACUUGCUAGCUUGGAAUGAUGUUCAAGAUGUUUUGCGAGAAGAGAUGAUGCCGGCACCACUAAAUAUCCCCUUGGACUUUUAUCCUCUGUCCGUUUUAUUGAACAAAGGCAUUGUGCUCGGCGUUGAAUCGGAAAUGGUGCAACGACGUGAUGUGACAUUCACUGUUCUGAAAUUCGCCAUCCGGACACACCUUUUCUUACCAUAUUUCCUUCAAUAUGGCCUGGCCAAUGUUGGAACACCUGCGGCUCUUGCUCUAUGCCGUCACUUCUCUCAUUUGUCUUACUUCGCUCAUGGAUUGGAAAUCCUACUUCACCACGUACUGGACGACGAAGUCGACAAUGAGAGCCGAGCGAAUAAAAGUGAGGAUCCACAAGCACGGGCAGAACCACUACUCCCGACUGUCAUUGCCUUCCUCCAAGCCUCGCUUCCACCUAGGGACUACCUUGAGAUUGUUGUCCAAUGCACACGCAAAACCGAACUUCGAUCAUGGCGCACACUGUUCACCUACCUACCUCCACCCAAGGACCUAUUUGAGCAGGCCUUGAAACUUGACUCUCUCAAAACUGCAGUUGGAUAUCUCCUUGUGCUGCAAGCUUUUGAGGACGAAGAGAAAGGUCAUAAUGGCCGUAUUGAAGAAUACGUCGUUCGUUUGAUUGCUCUAGCCUCCCAGAAAGGAGACUGGGAGCUGUGUGCUGAGCUUGCCCGCUUCCUUAUUGCCCUGGACGCUUCAGGCGAGAUGCUUCGGCGCGCAAUUUCUCGAGUUGGUCUGCGGUCCAACUCCCAGUCUUCUGCGAAAGGCGCGUUCCCUGGCUCGACCCCCCGAUUCGGUUCCGCGGGUGUCCAAGGGCUUGGCUUGAACCUCCCAAUCAGGUCGCCAUCAUGGGCGUCUCUUUCCUCCAAAACCUCGCUUUCGUCUCUUCCAAGCCGGCAAGAUGGUGAUGCCUCAGAUGAAACUUCAUACCCAGUGAGUGAGCUAGAUAGAUAA